AACUGCGGACACACUUAUUGUCAAGAUUGUCUAGAUGGUAUUUUAGUGUUUAUGGAAGAUGGAAGUGCUGAACUACCUUGUCCAGUAAGAUGUACUAAAAAGACAACAAUAACUCACGAACAAACAACAUCCUCGUUAGUAAAGGUGUUCACAUUAACUGGCAUUUUGGACAAAGUUUCACCUGGUAAAAAUGUUAAAUCUUUAUGUCAGCAAAGUAAAGAAUGUAAGCAGAUAAUCAGCUAUUCCUGUGCAACAUGCAGUUUAAAGAUCUGUGAAAAAUGUCAAAAUCUUCAUUCUUGUUCCAACAAAUCAUAUAUCAAUGUCAUUUUCAAUCAAAAAUUGCAAGAACUCCAACCAUUGUGUAAGCAACAUGACUCGCUUGCAAAAUUUGUCUGUAUUGAUUGUGAAAAUUUCUUAACAUGUGUAUAUUGCACACACAGACAACAUAAGAAUCACAGAAUAAAAACGAUAGAUGAUUUUGGACUGGAAGCCAAAAAGUGGUUCCAAGCGUUUAUCACUUCAUUCGAUGAAACAAAAGUGGUGUUGGAAAAGUUAACAAGGAAAUACCAUGACGCUCUAACAAAUUUAGAGAAAGAAAAGGAAGUAUUUGUUCAAAAAUUAAAAGAAAGAAAGUUAAAACGACUAGAAGAAUAUCUCAAAAUGUUAAAUAAAGAAGAAGAAGAUCUAUUGCGGAUAUUCGAUGAGAAAUCUGAAGAAUUUAAAGCAAAAUUGACUAAUGAUUGUUUUGUCGACAAUAAGAAAGUACAAGAAUUUACAGAUUACGUUCAAGCUUUUAAUUUAAAAUCUCAUUUUGAGUUAGUUACUGAAAAGUUGGAAAUUGAACGACAACUUCGCAGGUUAUCCUCGUUUCCAAAAACUAUCCCAACAUUCAAUUCACAUCUUCAUCAAAUAAACAAAGUAGAUAUUUUUUCAAAUCCAUUGGGCGAAAUGAAAAUUUCAAUAGAUGACGUCACAACUGUUGGUUUAGAUACCAAUGAAUGUUUUGUUUAUAGACACUUGAUUUAUGAAGAUGAAACACAACCAAACCAUUCCCAAUUAACAACUGAUUUAAUGAAUUUAGUUGAAAGUCUAAAAAGUGAGUUUUUCAUUUUUAUUAAUUAAAGUUUUAACAUAAAU